UUGCUUUUGCAAGCUCGGCGAUCCGUCACCCAAUUUUCCAUUAACCAAAAGCCGUCGUCCUCGCUUACCAGCUACCAGGAGUAGCUCCAUCGAUCGGUGCGGUGCAAGUGCUAGCAACCUACUGCCGACACCUACUUCUUCUACUCAUCAUACACACUACCAAUCGAGGUGUCCUCCUCUCCUCCCUCGAUCUCACGUACGCAAGCCCAUGUCUACACACUUCUUGGCCGUCGCCGCCCUCGUCGGCGCGAUCACGGCGCUGUACUCGGCCGCCACGGUGGCCGCCGACACGCCCGAUUGUCCCUACCCGUGCCUCCCGCCGCCGACCGCCGGUGGGGUGGUGAACAGCUACCCUCCGCCGCCGCCGGCCGGGACUGCUGCUGCUGGUAGUUCAGGUGGCGGCGGCGGGCUGUUUGGCGGGAGCUACCCGCCGCCGCCGCCGUGGGGGUUCCAGAUGACGCCGCCGGGGGCCUUCGCUCCGCCGUUCGGCGGCGGGUUCCCGACCGGGCCGGUGCCGCCGCCGCCCAACCCGAUCCUGCCGUGGUUCCCGUGGUACUACCAGCACAACAACCCGAUCACGGGGUCGACGACGACGUCGGCGGCGGCGCCGGAGCGGACGUCGACGGGCAUGGCCACGCUGCUGGUGUUGCUCCCGCCGUUCUUGCUUGCUCUUCUUCGUGUGGUGUGGGGUUUCUAAUUUGGUUCUAAUUAAUUUGUCGGUAGCAGUGUUUGUUGGUUACAGUAAUUAAUUAAGGUUGUUCUAUAAGUGUGUAGAACGUGGUUUUGUUAACUGAAAUGAUCCAUGGAGUUCUUCUCACGAGAUUGUUAUUAUUAUGAUGCGAAUUUUCAUAAAUACUGGUCUUUGUUGUUGUUUAUAGGUUUCACAAGUUCAUGGCCUGAAUAGUUUCUAAUUUAAAUUCAUAAACUUCAGCUUGGUAAA